GGCCCGGCCCCGGAUCAUCCCUGCCAAGACCCCAACUCCAAGUCUCCGCUGCACAGCUAUCUGGAGAACUCCACUCGAAUUUUGUAUUUCGAGUCUGUUUGAUUUCAACUUUAUUUGAGUUUGAGUUCUUAGAAGGGAGGGAAAUUUUCAAUUUCUGAUCUUUGAUAUGGAUCCGGAGGCCGCUCGGACCGCCAGGGAAUCUCUGGACCUGGCAUUUCACAUGUCGAAUAUUCUUGAGACAGGGCUUGAUCGUCACACUCUCUCCAUCCUCAUUACCCUCUGCGAUCUGGGUUUGAAUCCUGAAUCACUUGCAGCAGUUGUCAAGGAGCUCCGGAAGGAUCCUUCCUCAGCCCCGACACCAAAAGAUCCUCCGUCAGUUUCCUGAACAGGUGAGGACUAUAUCCAGAAUAUUGAGGCGUGCUCAGAAAGGAUAUUAUUCAUUGCUUGUUUCAUGUACACAGAAAUGGUAUCUUGCAAGAAGUUUUGUACAAAGUAGGAUGCCAUACUAAAGUGUAUGCCAAUUUAAUUGUGAACUUUUGUUUUCCCACCCUAUUCUACGUCACUUGCAGGUGAUGCUCUAGCCUUCUUUUAUUCUAACAGGCCCUUGCAUUAUGAAUAGUAUAAUGCUUCCCUCUUUAGUGCAGUAUUAACUGGUAAUUAGGUGAUUAUGAUCUUGACCAAGUAUGUUGUGCCAUUCUGAACUAUAAAAGUACAUAAGCAUGCUAUGAUCUUUCUGACUAUCAA